AUGGGCGUGUCGGCUGCUGCGGAGGCGUCGGAAGACCCACGCAGCCAGGCGCUGUGUACCAGCAUGGACUGUUCGGGGGCUGUAGACUCGGUUGCAGGCAGCGUGCCACAAACACAAAAACUUUACGGCAAGGUCACACUAAUCACGGAAACGAGUCUGGUUUUGGCGCUGUCAGUGGGUGUCAGAUGCACCGUGAAUGGAAAAAUGAGCACGGCCAGACGUCUGAGCGACGACGCCGGCUUCGUAGUUAUGAGGCUUGUUACAGGCACGAUGAAAAACUUUGUCCUGCGCGCAGAACUUCGUUGCGAAGUUAACAUCGGAAAAAGAGUGGCGAGGAUCCUGAGCAACCGGCCGCUGAGCAUCGUGAACGACGAGAACAAUGGGCAGCUGGAGACGGACUGGCGGCACAGCGAAUUUAUCAACGAGUGCUUGCUGUGGCACAACGUGUACCGCCAGCGCCACAGUGCUCGGCCACUCGCGCUCUGCCCGCAGCUUUGCAGUUACGCCCAGGCCUGGGCAAACCACUUGGCACACGUGAACACAUUCUACUACCGGACAGACCGCGACAUCGGCCAAAACCUGUUUUGCCGGCCUACUACGACCCUCCAGGCAGAUGUCACAGGUCAGGAAGUAGUAACCUAUUGGUAUAGUGCGGUACGCCAGUACAACUACCUCAAGGAGCCUGACAUCCUGCAUGCCAACGUCAAUGCAGGGCACUUCACGCAGCUGGUGUGGGCGUCGACGACGCACGUGGGGCUGGGCAAGGCGCGGUCGCGCUCUGGCAAGGUGCUGGUGGUGGCGCACUACCGGCCGGUGGGCAACGUGUCGGGCCUGUUCCAGCAGAACGUGUUCCCGCCGCUGGCGCUGCCGCAGCCCCGCCGGCGCGACGACUCGGACAGCGAGUCCGGCUCGGCGAGCGAGUCGAGCGCGUCGGCCAACGCCUCGUAG